GGUGCGUAAUCUCGCGGCCAGUCUCGUGCGCUCGGUGCGACCCGACCAUCAUCCAUGGCUGCCGCCAUCGUGGCCGCAAGGGCGGCUCCUCCGGGCGGCGCCACCGUCAUCGCAGCGUUCCACAACCACCACCACCACUGCGCGUCCCCGUCGCGGGCGAUUCCGCUGGCGGCCGGCUCGUCCGCGGGAGGGGUGGUGGCGCCGGUGGUGGGCAGGAGGUACCACCACGGCGCGUGCUGCUUCGCCGCGAAGCCCACGCAGGUGGCCGCCGAGGUGGAUCAGGAGCCGGCGGUCGCUCCCGCCAAUGCCGCGGCGGACGCGAAGCCGCGCAGGAAGGCGCGAUCCCGGCGCGGGAGGAAGGGGAAAAAGUCUUCGUCGCCGCCGUCGUUGUCGUCCGAGCCCGGGAGCACGACGGCGGUGCUCGAGGAGGCGGAGGUGAAGGAGAAGGGGGAGGAUGCGGAGGAGGGCAAGAGGAAGGAGAAGGCGGCGGGGCUGGACCUGGACGAGGUGAUGGCGGUGAGCCCGGUGGGGCUGGGACGGCGGUCGCGGCAGAUAUUCGACGAGGUCUGGCGCAAGUUCUCGCGGCUGGGGCAGAUGUCGAGCGCGUCGUCCACGGCGCUGGCGGAGGAGGAGCAGUCCGUGCUCAUCCGCGGCGGGCCCAUGUGCGAGUUCACCGUCCCCGGCGCGCAGGACACCACCGUCCUCGUCGUCGGCGCCACCAGCCGCAUCGGCCGCAUCGUCGUCCGCAAGCUCAUGCUCCGCGGAUACAAUGUCAAGGCUUUAGUUCGAAGAAAUGACCCUGAAGUGCUAGAUAUGCUCCCAAGGUCGGUGGAUGUCGUUGUUGGUGAUGUUGGUGAUCCUUUAACUGUCAAAUCAGCUGUAUCAGGUUGCAGCAAGAUCAUCUAUUGUGCUACUGCACGCUCAACAAUUACUGGAGACCUAAAUAGGGUUGAUAAUCAAGGAGUAAGGCAUGUUAGCAAGGCUUUCCAGGAUUACUAUAAUGAAUUGGCUCAGCUUAGGGCUGGUAAAAGCAGCAAGAGCAAACUCCUGAUUGCAAAAUUUAAAUCUCCCAAAUCACUGAAUGGUUGGGAAAUAGGCCAGGGAUCUUAUUUUUCAAGCACAUUUGCUUCUAGGUUUGAUGAAGGUAUCGAUGCGUCAUUUGAAUUUUCAGAGGCUGGUCAAGCCGUUUUCUCAGGAUUUGUUUUCACAAGAGGUGGAUAUGUUGAGAUAUCAAAAAGGCUCUCUCUUCCUCUGGGAUCUACCCUAGACAGGUAUGAUGGCUUACUUUUUUCGGUGGGUGGAAAUGGAAGAUCAUACGUUGUUAUUCUUGAGACUGGUCCACUGGCUGACACCUCGCAGAGCAAGAAGUAUUUUGCUCGGAUGACUACAAAAGUAGGAUUUUGUAGGGUGAGGGUACCAUUUUCAGCUUUUCGGCCAGUAAACCCGCAAGAUCCUCCACUAGACCCUUUUCUUGUGCAUACACUAACCAUUAGGUUUGAACCAAAAAGGCAGAGACCUGGUGAUGGAUCUCAAGGUGCUACUGACCCUAGAAAUUUUGAGCUUAUAAUGGAGUACAUCAAAGCUUUGCCUACUGGUCAAGAAACAGACUUCAUACUGGUCUCAUGCUCAGGUUCUGGAAUUGAACCUAACAGAAGAGAACAAGUCCUCAAAGCCAAAAAGGCUGGAGAGGAUGCGUUGAGAAGAUCAGGCCUUGGAUACACAAUAGUACGCCCUGGCCCACUGCAGGAAGAACCUGGUGGUCAGCGUGCAUUGAUCUUUGAUCAAGGGAACAGAAUCUCGCAGGGUAUCAGUUGCGCUGAUGUAGCAGAUAUUUGUGUCAAAGCAUUGCAUGAUUCCACUGCUAGAAACAAAAGUUUUGAUGUAUGCUACGAGUAUGUAGCUGAGCAAGGGAACGAGCUAUAUGAACUUGUGGCUCAUUUGCCAGAUAAAGCUAACAACUAUCUUACUCCGGCAUUAUCUGUUCUAGAGAAGAACACCUAACUGAUAUGUCUCUGAAAGUCAGAUAUUUGCCAUAUAAAUCAAAAUGUGUAUACUUUUCCACUUGUAAAGCCAUAUUUUUUUCCUCAUAGAAGCCGUGUGAAGUUCACAUGAUAUGCCACUUUGGCCCUUUUUGUAAAGAUGAUUGACAGAUUGACUUCAGGAAACAAAUUCGAUGACUGUAAUGAUAUA